GUGUGCAAUGGGGGGCGGGCCUGUCUGAUCCAGUUAAAUGCUGCAGGCCAUUGGAAAGAGUGGUGAAUCUUAUCUCCUGUCAAAAAGCCUUGGAGCAUGAGGAGGGGCAGGGAAUAGUUGGCCUUUUCACCCUGGAAAGAGGUGGAGGUCCAAUCUGUAAUUAGGGGAUUGGGAAAGAGAAAACCUGAAUGUUACAUUAAAUUGUGGGAGUGAAGCAAAGGGGACACAGGUCAAAAUAGUAAAAACAAAUUCAGGAUUGCUAUCACACAGGGAAUGAUUAAGGCCAAAACAAUGUUUGAUGGCGAAAUGGCAAGUCUGGAGGCAAUCUUGAAAACCAGCACGGUGAAGGUACCAAAGCCAUUGAAAGUGAUCAGCCUCUCAGAUGGUGGAGCAAUGUUUGUUAUGGAACAUUUAGAUAUUCACAGUUUAAACAGAUACAUGGCUAUGUUAGGAGAACAACUGGCAAAUCUGCAUCUUCACAAUGCAAAGCUUAAGGAGCAACAGAGGAAAGAUGCACAGACUGUUGGCAAGGGGCCAGGGCAGUCUGAAAUGCAGUACGUGAACAAAUUUGGGUUUCAUACCAUUACCUGCUGUGGUUAUCUUCCACAGAAUAAUGACUGGCAGAAUGACUGGGUUAACUUCUUUACUCAGCAACGACUUCAGAUGCAGUUGGAUUUAAUUGAAAAGGAAUAUGGUGACCGUGAAGUAAGGGAUCUCUGGUCAAAACUUCAGUUGAAGAUACCUGCUCUAUUUCAUGACAUAGAAAUUACGCCGGCUCUCCUUCAUGGAGACCUAUGGGGAGGAAACAUUGGACAAGUAGAAGAUGGCCCCGUCAUUUUUGAUCCUUCCUCUUUCUAUGGUCACUCUGAAUAUGAACUAUCAAUAUCUGGAAUUUUUGGGGGGUUUAGCACUGCCUUCUAUACAGCAUACCAUAACAAGAUUCCCAAGGUACCAGGAUUUGAGAAGCGACUGAAACUUUACCAACUCUUCCAUUACCUGAAUCAUUGGAAUCAUUUUGGGACAGGGUAUAGAGGAUCAUCAGUAAGCACGAUGAAAGCUAUAGUUAAGUAAUUAUAUCAUACUCAGAAUCACAGAAUUGUUACAGUGUAGAAGGAGGCCAUUUGGCCCAUUGUGUCUGCAUUGGCUGCCUGAUCAUUUUAACUUAGUAACAAUCUCCUGCCUUUUCCCUGUAUCCCUGCACAUUGGUUCUAUUUAGGUAAUCAUCCAAUGUCCUCUUGAAUGCCUCAAUUGAGCCUACUUCCACUACACUUCCAGGAACCCUAACUACUCACUGUGUGAAAAAGUUUUUUCUCACCUCGCAUUUGCUCCUUUUGCAAAAAACUUUAAAACUGUGCCCCUGAUUCUCGAUCUGUUUAUGAGUGGGAACAGUUUCUCCCUAUUUACUCAAUCCAGGCCCCUCAUUAUUUUGAAAACUUCUAUCAAGCCUCGAGGAUCAAAUAUUAUUAAAAAUGAUUCCUGUCUGAUCACAAAGUAUGCGCUUUAGAUGACUUUUAAAAAGUCAUAGCAUGAAACUUACAUGUGAAUGAAGAUAUAUUAUUUAAUGUGAAUUAAGAAAUUAAUCGUAAUAUACUUAUUACUAACUGAACAAGAUUUCAUUGAAUAUUAACGUUUGACAUUUAGCUGUGAUUUCACAUUUCAAAAUAGCAUUUGCAAUAUCUAUGUAGCUGCAAAGCAAAUAAAGUGACAACUUGCAAGUUUGAAAAAUUAA